CAUUUCAAUACUUCAAAGAAAUAUUACAUGUUUGUCCUCUGCUGUGGCUGAUAUGGCUGAAUCUGAUGUUCAAAAUCAGCCAGGAAAAAAACAAAAGAACUUUAGAGCCGAUAAUCCGAAACGUUUCUUUAGUGAAAACCAUUCGUUUAAAAAGCGACCCACAUCUAAGCCAUACCAACGCAAGGAAGACAUUUACGUGACAAACAAGUCAAAUUUUAAGGCACAGAUCCAUCAAUGUGAAACCAUUCUGAACACAGAAAACAUAAACGAAAUCUUUUUACACUGCGUCGGCAAUGCCAUUUCACGUGGAAUCAAUUUGGCUCUGACUCUGAUUGCUAAUUCAAAUAAUGGUCUCGGAUACGAGGCGAACACUUCGUUUAUAGAACUUAUCGAUGAUUUUCACCCGCUACGCGACGAUGAAGAUUUUACCUUACAAAAACGUUUGAAUUCCUGUUUGCACAUUCGAGUAUUUCGCCAUUCAAAAAACAUUAUCAGCAAAUAGAACGUGAUAACCCACAACCGUCUCCGUGCUCUGUGUAUCUCUACUCAAUCUCGAUUAUAUUAAAAAGUGAAAAUGUUCAAACUAUCGGAACUGGUUAAAUGGCUCGGAUUGUCCGAAUUCGAGAUUUUCACAAAUUUAUUAACUUUAUGGAUUUUUACGAUGCUGCUGUCGAUAAGACUGGGCGGCUAUCUACCCGAUCUCGAUUGGUUCGGUAUAUUUUCGCCAUUAUUUUGCAGCGAUCUGGGCAAUGCAUACUUUUGUGUAAUUGUCGGCAUUCGAAUGUUUUUGAACAACGAUAACCGGCGCAAGUCAUUCAAUCGGUUCUUUUGGUCGUUGAAAUUUUUGAUAUUGACGGUCGUUUUUAAGUAUUUACUUUGUAGAAAAUUGUCGGGCGAACAGAAUUUGGAUUACUUUGAAGUGUUUGCUCCGUUAUUUGUGUUACUUCAAUUGAUUGCUGUGCGAGCGUGUCAACUUUCCAAUGCGAAUUGAAAGCAACGGUCGUUCGAAAGAUAAACUGUUUAUUGAACUGUACAUGAAGAUUUUAUAAUGGAAAUUAAAAUUAAUUUUUCUAAAAAUACAA